AUGUCAGAGGCUGCUAAGGGGAAGGCUACAGAUGAAGAGGUUCCAGGCACUUUAACUGAAGAUCAAGGGGCCCCUAGUUUGAUUGAAUAUGAAGAGAGUGAGGAUGAAGCAUUUUCACCAACAGGUAGUGAUGAAGAUGCUAAUGAUUUGAGAAGGAGGAGGAAAAAUGCUCUUUUGAACGUUGGGGGUUAUUUGGCUGCCCUUGAGUGUUGCAACCCUGGUACUGAUUCUGAGUUAGUUACUGUGAUGCCAAAACAACCCCUUCUAAUAUUUGAGAGACUGUUUAUUUGUUUUGAGGGCUUGGCUAGGGGAUGGAUUGAAGGAUGCAGAAAAGUGUUAGUUGUUGAUGGUUGUUUCCUUAAGAACUCUUUGGGUGGACAACUCCUUUGUGCUGUUGGGAGUGACUCAAAUGAUCAGAUGUUCCUUGUGGAUUGGGCUGUAACUAAAGGGGAGAAUAGCUUAAGUUGGGAAUGGUUUUUGAAGCAUCUGCAGGCAGCUUUGGAGCUAGGCAUCUUUGGAGCUUGUUGGCAUAGUAACUUUGUAUGGUUAGUUGUUUAUGGUGUUGUUGAUUAUUAUGCAGGCUAUCCUAAGUGGGUUGAUUAUGAUGAAGCACUUGCUAAGUUGAAUGAGAUCAAUGUUGAAGCUGUAUUGGCUUUUAAAGCUUACAACCCACAACAUUUUUGUAGAGCAUUCCUUAUUAGCACAGACAUCAAGACAGAUGCAAUAACCAUCAACAUAGCUGAAACCCUCAAUGGCUAUAUUAUAAAUGCAAGAACCAAGCAUCUUCUACACAUGCUUGAGGAUAUUAGAUUUAACCUGAUGCACAGAAUGGUUAAAAAAAAGCAACUGAUAGAGAAGUGCACAUCUGUUCAAUGCCCAAGGAUUCAACCCAAGCUCAAUCAAGAGAAAUAUAAAUCUGCUAUGUGUGAGAUGAGUGAAGCUAAAGACUUUGUGCACCAGUUUUACACAAAAGAAAGGUACAUGAAAGCAUAUGCAGGCUCAAUUCCUCCUUUAGUUGGGGAAAGGUACUGGCCCAAGGUGACAUACCAAUUGCAGCCACCAUCUAUCAAAAUAAGGCUAGGAAGGCCUAGAAAGAAGAGGGUGAAAGACCCUUUUGAGAACCCAAAGAAGCCUGGAGUAUUGACCAAAGCUGGUGUGGGAAUGACAUUUUCAUUGUGUAAUGUGAAAGGUCACAACAAAAGAAAAUGUCCUGAAAAGGGCAAAAUUGUGCCACCUGAACCUGCAGCUAAAAGGCCUAGGGGAAGACCUAGGGGUGAUGAACAACAAUCAAAUCAAAACCAAACUUGA